AUGGCCUCUUCAACAAAAAAGAAAUUGGUCACAGGAAAAAGAAAUAAUAGGAGUUGGCCAUCCGCGAGCUUUAGGGCAACAUCUCCAUCUAUAGUAGACAUGUUAAACAUAACCCAAGAGGAUAAUGAACAUGAUCUUCAAUGGGUUUCUAUGCAACGCUUGCCAACAUUUGAUCGCAUGAGAAAAGGGAUUCUGAGACAAUUGCUUGAUGAUGGAAAAAUCAUGCAUCACCAAGUGGAUGUCACCAAUCUUGGGUUGCAAGACAAGAAGUUGCUACUAGAGAGUGUAAUAGAGAAUGACAAUGAGAAAUUCCUACUUAAAUUUAGAGAAAGAGUUGACAGGGUGGGGAUUGAAAUUCCAAAAAUUGAAGUUCGAUAUGAGAAUUUAUCAGUGGAAGCAGAUGUGCAUGUUGGAAGCCGAGCACUUCCUACCCUACUUAAUGUUACUCUCAACACUUUUGAGAGGAUUCAGGGGAUUUUUCACUUCACACCUUUCAAGAAGAGAAAAAUUCAUAUUCUCAAAGAUCUCAGUGGAAUUGUCAAACCAUCGAGGAUGACCCUACUUUUAGGUCCUCCAGGUGCAGGAAAAACAACACUGCUUCUGGCUCUUGCAGGAAUGCUUGAUAACAAUUUAAGGGCUUCUGGAAGAAUCACUUAUUGUGGACAUUCAAUGAAUGAAUUUGUUGCCAAAAAAACUUGUGCAUAUAUUGGUCAACAUGACCUUCAUUGUGGAGAAUUGACAGUGAGAGAGACAUUAGAUUUUUCAGGACGUUAUCUGGGUGUUGGCACAAGGUAUGAUAUGUUAGAGGAAAUCUUAAGAAGGGAGAAACAAGCUGGAAUUAAGCCAGACCCUGAGAUUGAUGUAUUCAUGAAGGCUAUAGCCAUUUCGGGGCAAAAAACCAAUUUGAUAACAGAUUAUUUUCUCAAGGUACUUGGAUUGGAUAUUUGUGCCGACAUUAAGAUUGGUGAUAACAUGAGAAGGGGGAUCUCUGGAGGAGAAAAGAAACGUGUCACAACAGGGGAGAUGCUAGUAGGACCAGCAAAGACACUUUUCAUGGACGAAAUAUCAACAGGAUUGGACAGUUCCACCACUUUUCAGAUAUGCAAGUUCAUGAGGCAAUUAGUUCAUACAAUGGAUGAAACUGUGGUGAUAUCUCUUCUACAACCAGCACCAGAGACAUUUGAACUAUUUGAUGACAUUAUCCUACUUUCAGAAGGUCAAAUUGUGUACCAAGGUCCACGUGAGAAUGUUCUUGAGUUCUUUGAAAAAAUGGGUUUCAAAUGUCCUCCAAGAAAAGGAGUUGCUGACUUUUUACAAGAAGUAACCUCUGAGAAAGAUCAACAACAAUAUUGGUUUAGAAGAGAUGAACCUUACAGAUAUAUUUCAGUGCCUGAAUUUGCUGAGUCUUUCUAUGCAUUUCACAUAGGAGAGAAACUUGCACAAGAGUUGAAGGUUCCUUUUGAUAAGAGCAGAACCCACCGAGCUGCCAUAGUGAAAGAAAAGUGUGGUAUAUCAAAUUGGGAACUACUGAAGGCAUGUUUCUCAAGAGAAUGGUUGUUUAUGAAACGUGACACAUUUGUUUACAUAUAUAGGAUAAUACAGUUAUCUGUCUUAGCUAUUUUAGGCUUCACUUUGUUCCUUAGAACUGAAAUGCCCAGUGACACUGUUCAAGAUGGACAAAAGUUUUUUGGAGCAUUAUUUUUUGCUAUGGUAAAUAUGAUGUUUAAUGGGGGGUCAGAACAAGGCAUGAUUGUUUCUAGGCUUCCUGUCUUUUACAAACAAAGGGAUUCCAUGUUCUAUCCUGCAUGGGCAUUUGGGUUACCUAUAUGGCUUCUCAGGAUUCCCGUCUCAUUUGUGGAAUCAGCAAUAUGGAUUGCACUCACAUACUAUACAAUUGGAUUUGCUCCUUCAGCAGGCAGGCUUUUUCGACACUUCUUGGCAUUAUUUGGUAUUCAUCAGAUGGCUAUCUCUCUAUACCGGCUCAUUGGUGCAAUUGGCAGAAUACAAGUUGUUGCUAACAUGCUGAGUGGCUUGAUUUGCCAAAUUAUAUUUGUGCUAGGAGGAUUUAUUGUCUCCAAAAAUGAUAGUAAGCCAUGGAUGAUAUGGGGCUAUUACGUUUCUCCUAUGAUGUAUGGUCAGAAUGCCAUAGUUAUGAAUGAAUUUUUGGAUGAAAGAUGGAGUAAACCAAAUACAGACCCUACAAUUGAUGCACCUACAAUUGGACAAGCACUUCUCAAGUCUAGGGGCUUUUUCACUGAAGAUUAUUGGUUUUGGAUAUGCAUUGGGGCGUUGUUUGCGUUCGCUCUUCUUUUCAACCUUCUCUUCAUUGUGGCUCUGACUUAUUUGAAUCCAUUUGGUGAUUCAAAAGCAUUCAUCAUAGAUGAAAGUUACAAGAAGAAUGAAAAGUCAACCCGUGAACACCAUGUCGAAGGAGUUCCAUGUAUGGACAUGACAAAGAAAAAUUCUUCAGAAAUUGCUGGUUCUUUUAAUCAAGAACGAAGAACAAGAAUGGCCCUGUCAUUUCAACCUCUUGCACUUUCAUUCAAUCAUGUGAACUAUUAUGUAGAUAUGCCUGCUGAAAUGAAAAAUCAAGAAAUGAACGAAGAUAGGCUUCAACUGCUACAUGAUGUAAGUGGUGCUUUUAGACCAGGCGUAUUGACAGCACUUAUGGGUGUUAGUGGUGCUGGGAAGACAACCCUUAUGGAUGUAUUAGUUGGAAGAAAAACAGGAGGGUACAUUCAAGGAACUAUUAACAUUUCAGGUUACCCAAAGAACCAAGCAACAUUUGCUCGUGUUAGCGGUUACUGCGAACAGAAUGAUAUUCAUUCACCCUAUGUUACUGUAUAUGAAUCACUAUUAUUUUCAGCGUGGCUUCGCCUUCCUUCAGAUGUAAAUGCACAAACGCGAAAGAUGUUUGUUGAAGAAGUUAUGGAAUGGGUUGAGCUUAAACCAAUCAAAGAUGCACUUGUGGGCCUUCCAGGAGUGGAUGGUUUAUCAACAGAACAAAGGAAAAGGCUUACUAUUGCUGUAGAAUUGGUUGCCAACCCUUCAAUUAUCUUCAUGGAUGAACCAACAUCUGGGCUUGAUGCUAGAGCUGCUGCUAUUGUCAUGCGAACUGUGAGAAACACUGUAGACACUGGGAGAACCGUUGUGUGCACAAUUCACCAACCAAGCGUAGACAUUUUCGAAGCUUUUGAUGAGCUAUUGUUGUUGAAAAGAGGAGGACAAGUUAUCUUUGCUGGACCUCUUGGUCACAACUCACAUAAGCUCAUAGACUAUUUUGAAGCUAUUGCAGGGGUUCCGAAAAUCAAGGAUGGUUAUAAUCCUGCCACAUGGAUGCUUGAGAUCAGCACUCCUUCAAUUGAGGCUCAACUUGGCAAAGAUUUUGCGGAUAUUUAUGCUAACUCCACACUUUACCAAACGAAUCAAGAGUUUAUUAAAGAGCUCAGUACUCCAGCAUCAGGUUCCAAGGACUUAUUCUUCCCAACCAAAUAUUCCCAAUCAUUCUUGGUGCAAUGGAAAGCUUGUGCUUGGAAACAAUAUUGGUCAUAUUGGAGAAAUCCUCCGUACAAUGCUGUGCGAUUCUUCCUCACAUUAGUCUUUGCUGUGAUGUUUGGUGUAAUUUUCUUGAAUAAAGCGAAAAAUGUCCAAAAAGAACAAGAUUUAUUUGAUCUUUUGGGAGCCAUGUACUCUACCGUGAUGUUCCUUGGAACCAUGAACGCUGUGGGAGUGCAGCCAGUUGUGGAUAUAGAAAGAACGGUAUUGUAUCGUGAAAGAGCCGCAGGAAUGUAUUCAACAUUGCCCUACGCGCUUGGUCAGGUCGUUAUAGAGACAAUGUACAGCUCAAUUCAAACGGUCGUUUAUACUAUGGUCAUUCAUUCCAUGAUGGGAUUUAAAUGGACGGCAGGAAAAUUCUUUUCGUUCUACUAUUACAUGCUAAUGUGUUUCAUUUACUUCACCAUGUAUGGGAUGAUGAUUGUUGCCCUAACCCCAAGUUACCAAAUUGCUUGCAUUUGUAUUUCCUUCUUCUUGUGCAUCUGGAACUUGUUCUCCGGCUUUUUCAUUCCUAGGAUGCAAAUUCCUGUGUGGUGGAGAUGGUACUAUUGGGCUACUCCUAAUGCUUGGACGAUCUAUGGCCUUGUUACCUCUCAAUUGGGUGAUGAAAUUGCACAAAUAGAUGUCGCAGGAGCUAAGAGUAUGGGGCUGAAGGAAUUCCUUAAGGAAAACUUGGGUUAUGAAUAUGAUUUCUUGCCAGUGGUUGCUGUUGUUCAUGUAGGCUGGGUUAUCAUUUUCUUAUUUGUGUUUGCCUAUGCCAUAAAAUUCCUGAACUUCCAAAAGAGAUAA